AUGAAAGCAUUCGUUAAGGUGUUCACAAAUCGUUCGAAUUUGAUCGUGCAUCUUCGAAGUCAUACUGGUGAAAAGCCGUACAAAUGCCGAUUGUGCCCCUAUGCGUGUGCACAAAGCAGUAAACUGACACGGCACAUGCGUACACAUGGACAGCAGGGGAAGGAGACCUAUCAUUGCUAUAUCUGCCAUAUGCCAUUCUCAGUGCAUUCAACACUGGAAAAGCAUAUGCGUAAAUGCGUUGUGGCUGCAAAUAUAAAACAUCUUACGACCAGUCAACAGAGCUCACCAAUCGCUUCGGAUAAUGCCAAUGAAACGACAUCAAAACCGACAACGUCGAGUUUGGCCGAUGCGAAUACACUUCUGGCCUUAUCCAAUGUUUCGUUGAACAACUCUCAAUUACCUGCAGGCGUCAGUCAAAGCAAUCAAAUUGUUCUCAACUGGUUACAGGCAAUGAAUGUAAAUUCGUCGUCUUCAAGUGGCGGCAAUUCAGCUUUACCUAGUGGUGGUUCCACAGCGAACAAUAACAAGGAGGAAUUCAACGGUGAUGACGAUGAAAUGGAAGAGACUGAAGCGUCUGAACUGCAGCAAGAAACCAAAAAGGUCAACUUUGCUUAUUUCGUGCCAGUCUCUCAGACCAUAUUAUUCUAG